CGCCUUUUUGGAGCGAGCACGGAUAAUCGCGCCGGCACGGUUGCGCUCGGCUGGAGAAAUAUGUGAAUUUCGCUUCAGAAGCACCACACAGCCAAAGCAUACAGCGGUGCAAAAAUACAAACUGUUUUUGGUCGCACCGUACACGCCGUUGCAAUUGUUCUGUGGCCUCGUCGCGUGAGAUCGUCUGUCCUCCCGCCACCACCACCACCACCACCACCACCGCCCCCCGCCCUCGGCUGCAGAUAGCCUGGCCAAUUUACGCUGACUGGUGACGCGCGCCAGCGCACCCGCACGCCGAACGAAGUGCGACGACGCAGCCUUGGUGAAGCGACCAGUGUGUUUCGUGUUCUUUUUUUUUGUUUUAUUUUGUUUUGUUUGCCUCUUUAUUUCGGACCACGAUCGAGCCCGGAGGCCCACCACCACUGACGUAGUUUUUUUUUUUUUGAUUGAGCGCGUUUUACUAUCUCAACGGAACGGUCGUGAUCGUGCGCGGUCCCAGCGAAAGAGGCGCCGUGCGCCAGUUCUUGCCGAUCCACCGGAGCAGAUAGAACGCUUUCUGCGUGCGCACACCAGACUGGAGAAGCUCGGUUAUAGAGGGAAACUGUAUUUAUGCUAUCGCGAUACGCGCCAUCGAUUAGCAGUGUCGGUCGGGCAGUCGGCCAGUGCGGAUCGUGCGACGCAGUAACGUUCGGGAAAUACACGCGACACGCGCGGAAUCGUCCAUCAACCUAAACACUAAACGACAACACUAGAACAAACGAAACAAAAGGCCGUUUCAUCUCAAACCGGAAGCCUACUGCGGUGUUGGAAGCGGCGUGUACUGUAGCGAGUGUUUUUGCGCGUUGUGUAACCGAAUUUUCGCGGCGGCCAGGUGCGCGAAGGGUUUUUCUCUAAAAGCCCCAGCCAUAGUUGUGGUGUGCCGCCUUAUCUUACUUGCUGCACACAUACUCACACACACAGACGUUCGUUCCGGUGGUAUUGUAAAACACGUUCCCAAGUGGCCGGUGUGAGUGGGUGAAACUAAACCCCAGGCACUCUAGCCCGACCAGUGAGACUCCAGUCGCAGCCGCAGCAACUUGCCAGUCAACGAGCCAACCCUACCUACCAGUCCUACCAGCCAACGAAACCACUCUCGUCGUCCAAGAUGAGCAUGAGUUCGUACACCGAGAGCAGCUCGGAGGAGGACGACCUGUCGCCGCGCGACAAGGUGCAGCAAAACUCGAAGGGCUAUGCGGACUUCUGCGUCCGCAACAUCAAGCAGCACUCGUUCGGGCGGCACGAGAUCGAGAUCGCGGAGCAGGAGAUGCCGGGCAUCAUGGCGCUGCGCAAGCAGGCGCUCGACGACAAACCGCUCAAGGGUGCGAACAUCGUCGGCUGCACGCACGUGAACGCGCAGACCGCCGUCCUGAUCGAGACGCUCAUCUGUCUCGGUGCGAACGUGAGAUGGGCGGCGUGCAACAUCUACUCGACCCAGAAUGAAGUAGCGGCCGCACUGGCCGAGAGCGGCGUGCCGAUCUUUGCCUGGCGCGGCGAGAUCGAGGAAGACUUCUGGUGGUGCAUCGACAAGUGCGUGCACGCGGAAAACUGGCAGCCGAACAUGAUCCUGGACGAUGGGGGCGACGCGACGCACCUGAUGCUGAAGAAGUACCCGGUCAUGUUCAAGAUGAUCAAGGGCAUCGUGGACGAGAGCGUGACGGGCGUGCACCGGCUGUACCAGCUGUCCAAGACGAGCAAGCUGACCGUGCCGGCGAUGAACGUGAAGGACGCGAUCACCAAGACCAAGUUCGACAGCCUGUACAGCUGCAAGGAGUCGGUUAUCGACAGCCUGAAGCGCGCCACGGACAUCAUGAUCGGCGGCAAGCAGAUUGUGCUGUGCGGGUACGGCGAGGUCGGCAAGGGCUGCGCCCAGGCCCUGAAGGGGCUCGGCUGCAUCGUCUACGUGACCGAGAUCGAUCCGAUCUGCGCGCUGCAGGCGUGUAUGGAUGGGUUCCGCGUGGUCAAGCUGAACGAGGUGAUCCGCACGGUGGACGUGGUGAUCACCUGCACCGGCAACAAGAACGUGGUGACGCGCGAGCACAUGGACAAGAUGAAGAACGGCUGCAUCGUGUGCAACAUGGGCCAUUCGAACACCGAGAUCGACGUGAACAGCCUGCGCACGUCCGAGCUGCAGUGGGAGAAGAUGCGCUCGCAGGUCGACCACAUCAUCUGGCCCGGGCCGGACGGCAAGCGCAUCAUCCUGCUGGCCGAGGGCCGGCUGGUGAACCUGUCCUGCUCGAGCAUCUCGUCGUUCGUGGCGUCGAUCUCGGCCACCACGCAGGCGCUCGCGCUGAUCGAGCUGUUCAAUGCGCCGCCCGGCCGCUACAAGGCGGACGUCUAUCUGCUGCCGAAGAAGAUGGACGAGUACGUCGCCAGCCUGCAUCUGCAGACGCUCGAUGCGCAUCUGACGGAAUUGACCGACGAGCAGGCCCGGUACAUGGGCCUCAACAAGGCCGGCCCGUUCAAGCCGAACUACUACAGGUAUUAGUAUAGCAGGUGCGCUUCGUUUCCGGUCGGGCCGCGCCGCCGCACGCACGACGCCACACGCUGCCGUGCCGCGAGUUAGCACCGCUCGGACGCGCACACCUUUAUUAGCAAGCAUAGCGAAUUUAUGAACCGCAAUCACAUCACUUCGACGAACCGAGCUGUGUGUGUGUGUGUGGGUGUGUGAUGCUGGUGGAUGUCACCCCAAAUUACUAGUUACAGCAGACAGAAGAAAAAAAACCCAAAUUCGAGGAGUGAGAAAGAAGCAGAACCACUUUCGAGGUGUGUGUGUGUGUGUGUAUGUGUGUAUGUGUGGGAACUUUACUUUUACUUAUUUUUAUAGAGACUUUGAGGUCUAGCUCAUUCGGCUCUUAUGUGUGGGAAGCCUGCAACACGAACCACUUUUCGACAGGAAGAACCUUUUGAAACACCCACGCACACACACACACACACACACUGUUUAGCAUUUAGACGAUAGAUUAGAAAUGAUAAAACAAUGCAAAGGAAGAUGCGGUAAGGAAGAAGCGAUGUUCUAUUUUGGCAUUGUCUUGAGCAAUUCGGUUCAUUUGCAUGAGCGUCAUCGUACUAGUUCUUUCAUUUAGAUCAACGGUUUUCAGACUUUUUACCUUUUUUUCACUUUUACCUUUCAUACAAACACCUGGAUUGUUAGCUUGCUUCUAUCUGUCAAACGCCCUGAAGAUUUGGGAGGAACGUGUUUUUUACGUCUAAUGUUUUUACAGGGUUUUCCAGGUGUUCUCUUAGUUGUCGGACACUUCCUUGACUCUUUCUUAUUGGAAGUGAACUUCAUAGGUUGGAAAUUGGUUUCUAUGGCACGGUUUAUGACAGGUUUCUUGGAAAUUCCUAUUGGAUUUGUCCAACAAGGAUGUAUAGAGUUCAAUUCACGUUACGUUAAGUUCAUUUCACGUAUGAAAGAGUCAAUAAAGUGUCCCACAGCUGGAAGGCCCUAUAACGCAAAACAAAAAUUUGGUCAUAAGUGGGUUAAUAGGUUUUUUUUUUAAUUCUUCGUACGAAUAACGCAUGUCAUUUUGGAUGCCUCAUCUAUUGUCUUAAGAUGGUCUUAUGAUGGUUUCUUAAGUUGGCAAAGCCAUUUUUUUUUCAAGCACAGGGGUUUGACAGCAAAAUCAUGUAGCAGCUUGUCAAGCUUUUUUUAAUAUUUUUUUUUUAAUUAUUUAAUAUGGAGCUUUUGCAGUGCAAUUUUUAGUUCGAACAACCUGCUACAAUGUACAGCUUGUGUUGAUUAUUGGAUGAAUAUUCGUUUUUCGAAUUUUACUUUUUUUAGCUACGAAUAAUCUAGUCAUUGACCUAUCGCAUUUUACGUAAUUUCAUCAAAAACUCUAAAAAAAAAUGAAAACCGCUGAUUUAGAUGAUGAACUGGCCGUUAGUCGCAGUUCGUUCGUUCAUUUCAAUUGAUGAUAUAUUUAUGGUUUCAUAUCGCAAUUGCAAUAUUAUUUGUUUACUAAACCAUGAACAUUAUUUGGCAGACCAGGAACGUUCUUUAUUACGACGGGUAGGACGGCUUCUUUUUGUGAGUAACUCAGUGCAUUAUAAUUUGUUAAGAACCGAUGAACGUUGAUUAGACGAUCUUUAUUUCGAAUGCACUGACCGUACGGUUCUGGUUCUUUAGACACACACCUCUAAUUUGCUGUCGAGCAUGGAGCUCCUCAAGCACGUGCGGGUAUUAUGACUGCUUGUAAAUCGGGAUUAAUAGAAACAGAACGGUAGAAUUGCUCUUCCUUUGCUAUGUAUAAAAAAGUGAGAAAAAGAGUUAAAAAACGAUAAAUAUAUAUAUUUAAAAAAACGAAUUUCUUCCGCCGCUUUUACACACACACACACACACACGCAGCAGCAGAACUCUGUAUCCUGUAGAAGAGCGUAAGUGUGCAAUCUGGUUAAAAAAAUUCUUGUUAAAAGCGAUGCAAAAGAGACGGACAGAGGGAAAGACACGUGGUGGAGAAGAAAAAAAAAUCCAAAAACUAUAACUAUAGCAAUUAAAACACACGCAAACACACGAAGAAAAGUGGCGAUGGGGUGUCCCGGUGGGUGUAUGUGUGUUGUUUGUGCGCGAUAUUCGCAACAAAAAAUAAUCGAUCGGUCGGUUUGGUUUUUUGCUUUACCAUUCGCAACCGCUCGAUUGGGACGCGUGGCGUCGCUCACGUGGCUUUUUCUUCGCAACUGGAAAAUUAAUUGUCAAUUAACAGAACAACCCCCCUCCCCACCCCCCUCGGAAUCGAUCGAAGAACAAGCAAGCAAGGGAAAGCGCAAUCCAAUGCGACGAGAAUGGGAAAUAAUGUGAAUUAGAAAAGAAUGUCUGCGCCAAAGCUGAAGAUUGCAACACCUUCAGUGCUUUUGUUUCAGGAUGUGCUUAAGAGAAGUGUUAUCCAGUAACAGCCAAGCUAAGGAUUGCAUUUGGUUCGUUCGGGCAGAGUAUUUCCGUUUCGUUUCUUGGGCGCGCGCCACAUAACUAACUGAUUUUUCCCCCAUUUUGAUGAGCAGAGGCUCAGUUCCCCUCCUUCACAAGCCAGAAGAAAAUGUUUGUAAAAAACAAAAAAAAACUAUCUAUUGCUCUUAUGUGUACAGCAGGUAAAUAGGCGAACGAAAAAAAAACGAGGCGAAGCGUACGAACGGAAAAGAAAAUUGCUCUUGAAAUGGAGAAACAAAAAAAACAAAAACAAACAUUUUGGGUCGAUGGAGAUCGGUUGUAGGAAACCCACUUAUGAAGUUAGUAGUUGUGUAGUAUGUAACGUUUACAACUUCCCCCCAUACCCCCCUCUUUACACGUGCUCAGCCACGGUCGAUGGGAGAUAUAGAAGAAAAAAAACACGAAUGAAUCGUAUGGAACAAUUAUUAGUCGCGGAACAAACGCGAAAAACCGGUCGGGAUGGAUGGAAAGGUGAAACUAUUAGGCGGUUUAUGUGGCAAACUGUUACAAACGGGCUAUUUUGGGGGUAUACAUACAUACAUACACACACACAGACACGCAUAGAUACUUAGAGACGCAGGGCGAGAAGUGCACGCUUUUCUAAAUCUUUUUCGUUCCAAACAAAAAAAAACAAAAAACAAAAAACGAAAUUUCCACUCUAGGUGCAGGAUUUCGCUUUCACAACCGGUAUUAUUAUAAUUUUAAAGUAGAGCAUAGCGUUUAAUGGUGUUUCGUUUUCUGCUGCUCCGCUUUGUUUAAAAGGGAGUGAACCCACACACACACACAGAGACAUUUAAAAGCGAGGAACAGAAUAGAGUGUCUUAAUAAUUUGUGUUUGGCACAGCUAGCGCGCACCGCAAGUUUAAUGUGUAUUGUUGCUGCUGGGAAACAACUCCCCCCCCCUCCCACCCUGACCAAUCUCUUUAUCCCGCAUCCCUGUGCACUUGUUUAGAGUAGAAACGAAUUUCUAUCACCUCUCUAUAUCCCUCUCUCUUUCUUCCUCCCAUAUUUUCCUGUAAGGAUAUAUUCCUUGGAAAAAAGCUCCUCAAACCGUUUUCCUGACGGGUGGAUGGGUUGAAAUAUGCCAACAGUAGUAGUGCAACCCUCUGUAGAACGCUUCGGUUAAUUAGAGGUGGGUUUUGCUGUUUUUUCCCCGUUGCCUUUCUUCCGUAUUUUUUGUCCUUUGCAAAAAAACGCGUUAUCACCGUGUUGUGAAAUACUAUCCAUUUGUGUGAGGGUGCGAGGCGUGUGCGUAGAAAACGAAACCAAUUAAAAACAAAAAAAAACAAAAAGAACAAACUCUAUAAAAACCAAGUUAUGUAUUUUUGUUCUGCCGCAGACCACACACAACGCAACAAACCACAAAUAAAGUGAAGCGAAAGAACAAACAAACAAACAAAAAACGUAUGCAAAACUGAAAA